AUGUCUGAAGAAAAGGAUCUUGUUAAGAAACGUGGUAGUUUUAAGGGACGUUUGACGUUAUUCAUCAAUUACCUGGAUGGGUUGCCAGAAUUUGAUGAACAGUUAGACAGUUGUACGGUCAGGGAAUUGCAAUUACGGAUGGGGAAGAUCGAAAGUAUGUAUGAACUUUACAAUGAGGUACAGUUACGUUUAGAAUGUUUAGCUGACGAUAUCAAUUUUCGAUUAACCGAACGAGCUGAGUUCGAGUCUUUGUAUUACAACUCUCUGUCUAGGGCACAGGACUUACUAUGUAAGUACAAUAAUGAUAAAGAAUCGGUAAGUAGUGAUAAAAUUACCCGUAUUAGUCAACGUAAGCCUGUUAGGUUGCCCACCAUUCAGCUCCCAAAGUUCAACGGGACUUAUAGCAAUUGGUUGGAGUUCCGUGACACUUUUAUCAGCCUUAUUCAUUAUAAUAACGAAAUUGACCAAAUUAAUAAAUUCCAUUACUUGCGAGCGUCUUUGGAGGGAUCUGCUGCUGUUGUAAUUCAUGCCGUUGAGUUUUCAGCCGGAAAUUACGACAUAGCUUGGAAAUUGAUAUGUGAUCGUUUUGACAAUAAAAGAUUAUUGGUGCAGAAUCAUUUAUCCUCCUUAUUUAAUUUAAACACUAUAGUGAAAGAGUCAUCUUUUGUAUUAAAAGAUUUAAUUGAUCAACUUAAUAAAAAUCUACGUGCAUUGGAGUCACUAGGUGAGCCUGUGAAACACUGGGACACUUUAUUAAUAUAUAUAGUGACUUGUAAAUUACCUCAGCAAACAUUGCGUGAGUGGGAGGAUCAUAAGGGUCGCAUAGAUAAAGAUAUCGUAAUAACAUUUAGUACAUUCCUACAAUUCAUUCGCACGCGCUCUGACUUGUUGGAAACCUUAGAGUUAGCGCGAGCUCGCAAUAAUGCUUCUCCCUCUAAGCAUAGUACAGGUAGAAUACAAUCUAUGCUUGUUGCGAAUCCCAAUAAUUAUAAUUUAAAUAAUAAGUUGUGUCCGCACUGUAAGUCAGAUCACUUGUUAAGUAGUUGCUCACAAUUCCUUGCGCUUAGUGUAGACGCCCGUUACAAGUUAAUGCCUAACUAUAAAGUUUGUUAUAAUUGUUUUCGUGUUGGUCAUUUCGCCAAUCGUUGUAAAAGGCCGGGUUGCAAAUUGUGUAAACGCCGUCACAAUAUAUUGUUGCAUUUGACGGAUAACAAGCAUGUUUCAAAUUCUUGCAAUAAUAAUGCUAAUGAAAAUACAUCACGAGAUAGCUCAUUUGUUUCCAUGCCUUCGUUACCGUCCGCUGACGCUGGGACAAGCACUGAUGCGAGUGCAAAUAAUUUAACUUUGUCUGCGGAUCUCAGUUCGUCUUGUGGUGAUAACGGUGAACACCGCGGUGGUGUUUUGUUGUCUACCGCUCUCAUCAAGUUAUGUGAUCAGAACGAUCGUGAGCACAUAGUGCGCGCCCUGCUUGAUAGUGGUAGUACUUCAUCAUUUAUGACAGAACGCUUAUGUACUCGGCUCAAUUUGAAUACAAGUCAUGUUAAUGGUUCAGUCUAUGGCAUAAAUAACGUGAGUUCGCACGUAGGCAAAAUUUGUCAGGUAAAGAUGACGUCUUUAUGCAACUCUUAUACUGCAAAGUUAAGUUGUUUUAUUUUGCCAUCAUUAAUGAGUGUUAUGCCUUGUCGUGAAAUCGACAUUUUAGACUUGAAUAUUCCAGAUAACAUAUUUUUAGCGGACCCCACAUUUAAUAAGCCGUCAGAAGUAGAUAUAUUAAUAGGUGCUGAUCUCUUCUGGGACUUGGUCGGGUCACAGAGAAUUAGACUAGGUGUAGGUAAGCCGGCACUGUGUCACACAUUAUUAGGCUGGAUAGUUUCCGGUCCUGUUACUUAUAAUCCAGGUAAGCGUAGGUCAAAUGAUAUUUCUUGUUAUUUUACUCAGACAGAUUCCUCUUUUAAUAAUGAUUUUAAUAAAAUUCACAAUGAUUUGGUGAAGUUUUGGAAUCUGGAAGAGAUAAACCCUCCAUUCUCUCAUUAUUCACCUGAAGAAAGGUUAUGUGAGGAACAUUUUUUGAAAAAUACGACACGUUUAGAUGAUGGUCAUUUUUGUGUUCGUAUUCCAAUGAAGCAAAGUCCUUCCAUGUUAGGAGACUCAUUCCAAAGGGCAUCUAAAUGUUUUUAUUCUCUAGAACGUAGACUGAAAUCAAAGCCUGACUAUGGCACUAUGUAUCGAGAUUUCAUGUCUGAAUAUAUAGAGUUAGGUCACAUGACUGAAAAAACUAAUAUUGAUAUUAGUAAAGGAUAUUUUAUUCCACAUCACGGAGUGCUGCGUGAAAGUAGCACUACUACAAAGUUGCGUGUAGUCUUUAAUGCAAGUAGCCCUACUUCUACAGGACUUUCAUUUAAUGAUGUGCAGAUGGUGGGACCUACGGUGCAGGAUGACCUCAUAUCUAUACUUCUUCGGUUCCGGCAACACAAAUACGUGUUGUCAGCUGAUGUUGCAAAGAUGUAUAGAUGUAUUUAUGUUCAUCCUGCUGAUAGGCACCUGCAGCAGGUACUGUGGCGCGAUAAUGAUGGCGAUCCUGUCAAAGUUUUUGAGUUAAACACAGUUACUUAUGGCACGUCUAGUGCACCAUAUCUUGCUACGCGUUGCCUUCAGCAAAUAGGUAUUGAUUAUAAAAAUAACGAUUCCCAAAUGGGUGAGUCAUACCCAUGUAGCAAAGAUAAGAUUGCUGAAAUUAUCAUGCAGGAUUUUUACGUAGAUGACCUGCUGACAGGAAGUGAUGAUUUAAAUGAGGUUAAGUUUAUUUGCACAGAGGUUACCAACGCACUGGCUUCGGCUUGUAUGCCGCUUAGAAAAUGGAGAUCUAAUGUUACGGAAUUAGUUUCUGAAGCUUCUCAGUCAUCGUUAGAGUUAGAUAUAGGAUCUAACGAAUCUAAUAAGUUGUUAGGAUUAGACUGGUUUGCUAGUUCUGAUGAAUUGGGAUUUUCUUGUUCCACGUUGCCUCCUAAGGAUUGUGUGACUAAGCGUGACAUACUCUCUGCCAUAGCACGGAUUUUCGACCCCUUAGGUCUUUUAUCACCUUGUGUAAUAACUAUGAAAAUGCUAUUGCAACGCAUGUGGUUGGAUAAAAUCUCAUGGGAUGAGCCAUUAUCUCCGGUACUUAAUGAUAUUUGGAACACUAUUGUGAAGGCAUUGCCAAUUAUUAAUGAUUUUCGUGUUCCGCGCCUUGUUGUGUGUGACGUUUACACUACGUUGGAACUUCAUAUAUUUACAGAUGCGUCUGAGCGUGCCUAUGGCGCGUGCGUCUAUGUACGUAGUGUUAAUCAUAAGGGUGAAUAUUUGAUACGGCUUCUAACGGCUAAAAGUCGAGUGGCACCGAUUAAGCCGACCACCAUUCCAAGGUUGGAAUUGUGUGGGGCUGUGGUCGGAGCCCGUUUAUGUGAGAAGGUUCUUAGUUCUUGGCGAGUAAAACCAAGUCAAGUUUAUUUCUGGACUGACUCCACCAUAGUAUUGGGUUGGUUGCAGAUGUUGCCUGCUAAGCUUCAGCCAUUUGUACGCAAUCGCGUUGCUGAAGUUUUAGACAAGGCGGGCCACUGCACAUGGAGACACGUUCCAACCGAUCAUAAUCCUGCAGACCUAAUAUCUCGUGGUGUGGAUAUUAGUGUUCUAAAAUCUUUAGACUUAUGGUGGAGCGGUCCCAGCUUUCUAAAGCAACAUAGUUCACAUUGGCCUUCUCCAUGUAAAUCAUUAGAGUUAAACGAUCUGCCUGAAACUCGACCUUCUGUUUCUUUGAGCGCUACUAUUCGUAAUGAUAGUCUAAGUUACACUCUUAUAGAUUUUAGUAGAUUUUCAAAUUAUUUAAGGCUUAUCCGCACUGUAGGUACUGUUUUAAAAUUUAUUAAAUUGGGUAGAAAAAAGCCUACAGCUAGUAAAUUUCUGUCACAAGACGAUUUGCAGGAUGCACUAAAUGUUGUCAUUAUCCAAAGUCAAAAGGAAUCAUUUCCUGAGUAUGAAAUGCUUUCUGGUAAUCGUAAAUUGCCAAAUAAAAGCGCCCUUAUUAAAUUUAAUGUAUUUCUUGAUGAUAAUAAAAUAAUGCGUGUUGGAGGACGCUUAGUUAAUUCCUUGUUUUGUUUUGAGAAAAAGCACCCUAUUAUUUUACAGUCCACUCAUAAAUUUACAAAAUUACUUUUUGAAUUUGAACAUAUAAGGUUAAUGCAUGCAGGCCCACAAUUGAUGUUGGCUUCUAUUAGAGAUUCGUACUGGCCUAUAGGCGGACGAAAUUUAGCGAGGAGUUGUUAUCGUAAGUGUGUACGUUGCUGUCGCAUAUCAGGUAGAACAGUUAGUCCUAUAAUGGGCAAUUUACCACAGCAGCGUCUCCUUCCAGGCGGUUACCCCUUUCAGUGCACUGGUGUGGACUAUGCUGGUCCCAUCAUGGCUGCUAGUCGGCAAGGUCGCGGAUGUAAGCUGAUAAAAGUGUACAUUGCAAUUUUUGUGUGUUUCACCACCAAGGCUAUCCAUUUGGAGCUGGUAAGUGACUUAACGAGUAAUAAGUAUUUACUAGCUAUAUUUCGAUUUAUUUCGCGACGGGGAAAGCCCGAUGAUAUUUAUUCCGAUAACGGUACCUCAUUCGUAGGGGCCUGCAAUGAACUUUCGAAGUUUCUUAAAACUAAUUGUGAUUCCUUGAGCGAACAAUUAGCUAAUGAUGGUAUCAAAUUCCAUUUUAUCCCUGCGUAUAGCCCUCAUUACGGCGGUCUUUGGGAAGCGGGUGUUAAGUCAACAAAGUUCCACCUUAGGCGAGUGUUGGGAAAUUGUAACCUUACGUUUGAAGAACUUAACACCACAUUAGUCCAGAUUGAGGCAAUAUUAAAUUCACGUCCACUGACGCCUCUGUCUUCCGAUCCAGCAGAUUGCACCCCAUUGACUCCAGGACAUUUUUUGAUAGGCCGGCCUCUUACUUCACUUCCACGGCAUGAUAUCAAGGACCAUUCCACUGCUUCAUUAUCACAUUUCCAACGAAUAGAGCAGUUACGCCAGCAUUUUUGGGCUCGUUGGAGUAAGGAGUUCGUAUCUGAGUUGCAGCACAGAACCAAGUGGCAAAAGGGCAACGAUACACUGAAGCUGGGAGCAUUGGUCGUCGUAAAGGAAGAUCAUCUACCUCCUCUCAAAUGGCGAUUGGGAAGAGUCAUUGCCGUCCAUCCUGGAUCAGAUGGAAUUGUUCGGGUGGCAGACAUCACCACAUCUGUUGGAGUCAUACGAAGAGCUUUCAAUAGGAUUUGCCCUCUACCCGUCGACGCAGAGUUUGGUUGAAAGAGAGGCUUUCAACGCCCGGGGGCAUGUUUGCGCCAAUUAAUUAUCUGUGCGCAAUUUCCAUUGUAAAAAAAAAAGAAGAAAAAUCUUCCCGCCUUUUUUUGAACGUUUGUCCGAAUACACAUCUUUUUAUCGAGUCCAGAGUUUUAU